CUUUAAUUUAUAACUACAAAUAUCAAAAAUAGCAAAUUAAUUAGUUAGAAAGGGAGCUGUUUAUUUUAUAGCACAAAGUUUAAAAGGUUAUAACCAUCAGCAGGAUUUUAGCUCACAUAUUUACAUAUAGUAACAGGUAUGAUAAAUAUGCAAAAUGAUAGUAGUAGGAAUUUAAAAUAAGAGGAUAUAGCUGCAGGUUCCUAUAUGAGCGUUUCAAUGAAAAGUUUAAUUUCUACUAAUUAUAACCAAAAUACAGAAUGCAUUUACGAUGAUCAAAAUUUUGAUGAGUCAAAUCACCAAUUUUAGUAAAUGAAGCUACGCUAUUCUCUUGAAAAACCAUCUUUAAAUAAUAACAGCUACCUAGCAAAUUUAAAAGAGAAAGGUCUAAAUGAAUGCAAAAAUACAAAAUUAGCUUGGAAAAUACUUGAAUAGUUCUAUAAUAAAUCGAUUUAUCUCAAAGCAAAGGCCUAUAUGGCUGCUUAGAACAACAAAUAACUUUUCUAUGAAAUGCUUUUCAAGCUAGUGCUUAAUUACCUUUAACCUACAGAAAUCUUUAAGUUACUCUAAGUCUCAAGAUAAUUUCGUGAUAAUAAAUUUAAGCCUAUUAUAGAAAGUAGAAUGGAGUUCCUCAUUACUAAUGAAAAUAUAAUAUAUUAUUAAAGCAUGUUCAAUUAUGCAAUGCAAAUCGACUAAAAUAGGAAGCUAUUAACCUAAUAAUUUCAGCAUUUCAGUAAGUUGAAAAAUGAGUAUGAAGAAGUUAUUCAAAAUGAUGUUGAACGCACAUUUUAAGAUCAAGAAUUCUUUAAAUCUGUACGCAACAAAAUUUGUUUGAAUUAGAUUCUAAAAGCUAUUUCUUCCUCUAAUUCAUAGCUUGGAUACAUUCAAGGAAUUAAUUAUAUAGCUGCUAUCCUUCUCAGCAUUAUGCCACCUGAAGAGACUUACUGGGUUACCAAACAAAUUCUUGAAAAAUAUAACUUGGCGUCUCUUUUUCUUGAUUAAUUUUAAAACUUAGAGUUAUUCACUUUUUAGGCUUCUUGUUUUUUUAAGAAUUUCAUUCCAGAUUUGUUUAAUCACAUGAAAAUAUUCAGUGUUUAAUAUGAAAUUACGAUACAAAGGUGGGUACUUUCUUUCUUUGCUAAUGACUUGGAUGUGUAACUGAUGAUUAAAAUAUUAAAUCUUUUCAUAUUUAAAGGAUUUAAAAUAAUCAUUAAAGCUGUUAUAGCCCUUUUGUCUGUCCACAAAAAAAAUAUUUUACAGCUAAAAUCAUAAGAAGAAAUUUAUGAAUAUCUCCAAGAAAAAAUAUCUGAGUAUCCAGUUUCUCAUGUCUUGUUUUUGAGGGAAAUUAAAAAAUUCAAAGUGACAAGAAGGCUCCUUUAUGAAUGUGGAAUUAAAUACAAAAAAUGCAAAAAUAAUUAAAUUCCUUUAUUUGAGUUGAUAAAAACUCAUCAUGGAACACUUGAGUGGUUCAAUAAUUUUGGUACUAAUUCUCCAGUAAGCACUACUAAACACAAAACUAGAUAAAAAAGAUGCGCUCAAUCUAAUAAUUACUUCCCAAGUACUCGUGAAAGAAUUUUUACAACAGAUAGUGCAAGAGAUUUGAUAAAUAAGAGUUGGAGAGAAAAGAAUUCGAACAAUAGCUCUUUUCUUAACUUAAGUGGGUAAAGAAGCUAAGAUUAAUAGCUUUCUUAGAAAAGAGAGCAUUCAAUUACAUAUGCAGAUAGUAUUAGCUACAAUAAAGCAAAUUAAAUCCUAACUUUAAAAAAAUACAGCAGUAGAGAUAUUUAUGAAAACAGUUACUAAUAAAAUUAUUUAAAUCAAAAUGCCUAAGAUAUUUAGAGAAUUGACAGCUAUAGAAACAUUGAAUUAUAAAAAAUAUCAGAGUAAAAUAACACAAGGAGAAAUGGUAUAAAAUUUGACUCAAAUGAGAAUGAUAGAAAUUAGGAUUUGAAGAUGUAAGCUCUUCUUUAACCAUCUACCUCAGAAAGUGAAGAUGAAAAGACUAAUAAACCACUCGAUUCUUAGUUAAAUCACUAAUCUUUUAAAGAAUUCCGUAGUAUCACAAACUAAAGCAUAUUUAUCAACCAUAAAACUAAUUAAAAUUAAUAGUUAACUCCUUAAUCAUAAAAUAUCCAUACAUCACUUCAAUAAAAUAAAUAGCAAAAUAAAUAACCUCAAAUAAUUACUGUUAAUCUGAAAUACCCUUCUAAUCAUAGAGAAAGCAUUCCAAGUCUGCAGAGAAUAGAAUAAAAUAAUUCCUUUUUUACAGCAAAAAAUCAGCCUGAUUUAAACUUUCAAAAGAAAUAAAGUAACAGUAACGAGUAAAGUGACCAUUUUAAAGUGGAGUCAACUUCUUAUAAAAAUUUAUUAAUUGAUUAGAAUAAUGCAUCGUCUACUUUAAUCUCUAGUAAAUAGCUAAUUGAACACGCUAUUUCAUAGGGUAAUCUUUCAUAUAGAGAAAGUUAACCAAAUGGAGGAAAAUCAUUAACACCAAGAGGAAAUGGGAAGGAUGGGUUAGAUAUUAAUUAUUUGAAAUUCUUAAAAUAAAACACUAAAAACUAAGCUAGUGGUUAAGAACCUGAAAGCUACAAUCCAGGCAGAUUUUUCAAAGAUCACUUGAAGAUACAAGAAGAAAUCAAAAAGAAGCUAGAAACAGAUUACAUUUAAAUGAAACCAAACCUAAAUCAACUAAACACUUCUGUAAACAGCUAGUAAAACACUCUUUCAAAUUAAAAUUUGACCCUUAAUAACUCAAAACUCAAAUAGAGACCUGAAAGAGAGCUCUCAGCUAAUUCUCUUGUAAACACAAGCUCAAAUAACAACAACAAUAACAAUAUCAAUGGUAAUAUAAAUGGCCAAAUUAGUAAUUUAACUUCAUCAUCAUAAAAUAAUUAAAAUUCUUUAAAUCAGAUGACCUACUCUAAUUAUUUGUAGCUGAACUAAAGUUUGAGCUCAAACCAAAUAGAAAAAAUUAAGGACAUUUACAAAUAAAAUUACAACAAAAUGUAGCAUUAGUAAUAGCAUAACUACUCUUCUGUAUCAAACAAUAUCCAGACAGUGAAUUAAAAUAAUUAAUAGUCAUAAAUCUUAUAAGACUUAACUGUUCCCUAAGAGAGAUUGCACCCAUCUUAUUCUAUGCAUUCAAACGAAGAAGUAAUUCUAUCAAGAAAGCAUGCAUAUUCGAUGUUUGGAAAUACUCCUGACUCAUAAAAUACUCCUCAAAGCUAAUAGAUAUAAGCUGGUUCAUUUACAUCAGCCAUCCUAAAUGGAAUUCAUUCUUAAAAUUAUAACCAAUAAACCUCAAAUGCAUAAGUAUUAAGUAAAGAUCAAAACAAUUUAAACCAAUUUCCUUAACAAAUUCAGAAAUCCUAUUCAUAAAUGUCCAUGUAUUCAAUAGCUAAUCAAAGUAAAUAAGUAAAUACUCAAGUUUAAUUUAUUCCUAAUAAUUAGAUACACUCAUCAAUACAGCUGCAACAAAACAUGCCAUCUAUAUUUUAAUAGCCUAACCAACCAAAUCAAACAAGCAUUAACAAUCAAUAUAGCAAUAAUCAUAACAAUUUGAUAAACAAUGGCAAUAAUAAUUAGAUAAUUAAUAGUAAUAAUAACUAGACAACCAACAACAUUAACAGCAGCAGUAACAUCAAUUAGGCAAACAAUAUAGGUAAUAAUUAAACAAAUAGUACUCAUAUCAGUCAGAUAGGAAACAAUAUUUAUUGCAACUAAGCUAAUAAUAUUUCUCAUAUCAACUAGGCAAGUAAUAAUAAUAUUAAUAAUAUUGGUUAAUAAUAAAAUUCUAUGUAAAAUUAAAAUAGUAAUUCUAACUUAAUUAAGCAUACAAAUGUAAAUACCUUUAAUUAAAAUAAACUAAAUGGAAACGUCCAAAAUAGCUCUUAGAUGAUAUAAGUUAGUGCCUAUUAAUCUAUAUAGAAUAAUAAUAAAAAUAGUAGCAGCAACAAUAGUAGUGCUACAUUAUGUAAUAACAAUAACUAAAGUUAAAAUUUGCCUUAAAAUUAAUGCAUAGCAGCCAACAAAAAUGGAAAUUACUCUAAUAAUAGCUAAUCUACCACAAGCAACAAUAUCUCUAGUAUUCAAUUUCAUAAUAACAACACUAAAAAUAACAAGUAAUAGCUGUAAUAGUAAUAGCAACAACCAUCACAAGGAGAAUAAUAUACUUAAAUUUUAAAUAAUCAAUAAAAUAACAACAGCAGUAAUAGCAACAAUAACAGCGAAAUGCUCCAAAUCAGUAAAUCAAUUAGUUAAUAAAAUAGUUUAACCAGCUUUAAUAAUCCCCCUCUUUCAUAAAACCAAAAUUUAUAAAAUUAAUACUAGCCCUCUAAUCAAAAUGCCAUAAUUUAGAAUUAAAUUUAGAGUAAAAUUCAAUAUAAUUAGUAACAAGUCCAAUUACCUUAACAGUAUACUCAAUCAGGUUAAGUCCAAAUUCAAAAUAACAAUUUGAACUAACUUUUCUAAAACUCAAAGUUAGGCAUAAACUGUAUUUCUAACUAGGUUCAGUAACAAUAAUAUCCAUUAACCAUUUCUGGUAAUUCAAGUCAGCUCGGUUAGUAAUCGCAUACUUUUUAAAUUUAAUAAUAUAAUAAUUAGCACUCAAGUUAAUCACUACAAAAACCUUAGUCUUCUCAAUCUUAGCAAAAUUUUAGUGGAGUUAAUCAGUAAAUUAACUAGAACAAAGCUGCUUAGCAAAAUUAAAUCCAAUAAAGUUAAUCUUAAUCACCAAUACCUUCAUCUUAUUAGUUAUAAUCAUAGUAUUAAUCAAACAAUUAAUAUAAAAUUUAAAAUAAUAGUAACUAACAAAGCAAAUAAAAUUUAAUACAAAAUGGGGGCUACUAAUCUCCUAUGGAUCAAAAAUAAAAAUAAUAGCUUUAAAGCUAGGUUAAAUCCAGCCAUUAAGUCCAUCAAAAUAGCUAAAACAACGUUUUGUAAUUAAAUAGCAAUUCACAGAGCCAAUUCAAUUCUUUAUCAAAAAAUUUAAAAAAUGAUUCAGUAUCUCCAUCAGAAGAGAACAAGUAAGUACAAAAGCAAGAUAUUUAAAAUAUCAUUCAAUUAUAGAUGAGUUAAAAUUAAUCUAAAUUUUUGAAAGUUAAUUCUUAUCAAAAUGCAAAGCCAUAGAAUUAAAACAGCUCAUCAUAAAUAAACUAAACAAAGAAAUUGUAAACUACAACAAUAAACUCUAACAAGAACUUUGGCAUUCAUCUUUUAAGUUAAAAUAAUAAUAACAGUAAUAGUAAUAGCAAUGCUCCUACUAGUAAUAAAUUUUAAGCCCUAUUUUUUUAGAAUCAACAAAAUUAAUAAAUAAACCAAUCUACUUAAUUAAGUAGCAAUAUAAACACUAAUGAAAAAACAAACAACAGCUAAAAAGUUUAACAAAAUUCUUAUACUAACUCCAACAGUAAUAGUAAUUCAAAUAAUAUAACUAGCAACGUUAGUCUUAAUGCAUUUCAAUAACAAAUACAAUCAAAUCAGCAAUAAUUAGUUUCUCUUAUUUUGAAUCAGUAGAAGUAAUCUUAAUUUACUGAAGACCAAACCCAUAUAAAUAAUCCAAAUAAAUAGUAAAUUAUAAGUUCAAAUAUAAAUUAAAAUAUAUCCUCUACUAACAACCACCUCUAAAAACUACAAGAAAGAAAAAAAUAAGCUAAAUUUACAAGUUUCUCUUUGACUUAAAGUGAGAUGGCUCCGAUUAUACAGUCUAAAGUAUAAUCAUAAUAACAAUAGCAAUAAUAAAUAUCAUAAAAUCCAUCACUAUAUUUAAAUUGA